UUCUAUUUUACUUUAAACAACUAAUUAAGAUAAGCCGUUAUUUAGUUUUUGGACACCUAGUUAACUUUGAAUAGCUUUUAGUUCACUUGUUUGCCUAUAAUGACCAGUAAGGCCAAUGUCCAAUGUUACACAAUACGUCUUCUACCAGGCCAGGACCUUAGAGAAGGAAUAGAGGAGUUUGUGGAGAAGAAGAACCUUGGAGGCGGCGUUCAUAAUGACUUGUGUGGGGAGUAUAGAAAGCGCUACUUUAAGAUUUCCAAUACCAAAGACAGGACCUAUUCCUGCUAUGAAUCGGGAGUUGACCUACAAGAAAGAGUACUUUGACAUCCUAUCUCUAGUGGGCACUGUCAGCCUGGGGGGUUGCCAUCUGCACGUGGUAUUAGGGCGGGCUGAUGGCACCGUGGUAGGGGGCCACCUUGUGGGCAAUGCCAAGGUACAUACCACUGCCGAAGUAGUCAUUGGAGAGAGUCUGCAGGAAGUUUAUGUCAGGAAGAAUGACCCCAAAACCACUUUCAAUGAAUUGGAAGUCAAACCCAGAUAGUAUCGCUUUAUUUCCUUACUCUACACAAUAGCAUUAAAUUGUUAAAUUAAAAAAUAUGUUUUGAACUCUAAAUUGA